GGAGCAGACGACAUUUAAAGUGACGUUUUAAAAAUGGCGUCUGCUUCGGUAGGUGUUCCGUGUUUUGUGUGAUUUAUUGUGCGAUUUUUAAUGUUUUUCUCAUUUCUAACCUUUUUUAUCGAAUUCGCAAGGCAUUCUGAAAUCCGGCUUUCAAACGAUAAAAGCUAUAAAUAAUUAUAGCUUUUUUCCUCGACCUGGAAAGCUGCUGUUCGCUAUUGCAUGUAACGUGUGCCAUUACUAAUGGACGACGAUACAAUCGCGUUUGGAGAGGAGGAUGAAGCGACGCAAAAUAAACUUAAACACCCUUACGUCACCUCGUUCCACCUUGCCUUCAGGGUGACGGCUUUAGUUACCUACAUGUUUUGUGGGUGGUUUUCGACGAGUUUUAUAGCUAGUUUUGUUGCUGUCACUCUUCUAUUGUCUAUGGACUUUUGGACAGUCAAAAAUAUCACUGGAAGACUGAUGGUAGGACUUAGGUGGUGGAAUUACGUAGACGACGAUGGAAAGAGCCAUUGGGUCUUCGAAUCCAGAAAGGGUGCUCAACAGAAUCGAAUAAAUGCUUCAGAAGCGCGGAUAUUUUGGCUGGCCUUAAUCCUCUGCCCUUUGCUCUGGGCCCUUCUCUUUUUUGUCGCAUUCUUUACUUUCAAAUUCAAGUGGCUAUUGCUGACGACAAUCGCACUUGUACUCAACGGAGCCAAUCUUUAUGGAUACGUUAAAUGCAAAAUGGGUAGCGAUAAAAAUAUUUCUUCUGCCACCAGCGAUUUCAUCAGAAAGCAAUUUAUACAAAAUAUGGCUUCGAUGAUGACAAGAUCUCCUCCAGCUACAAAUUCUAAUCAACCAGGAAAUGUUAUUUAGAAGAAUAAGAAUGUGAUAAUUUCUCGCCUCGAUGUCAUAAUCGUGAAUGAACAUAUUUAUCCUAAUAAGUUGUACAUACAAUAGUGAGAUGACUUUUUUAAGUAUAAGGAAGCAAUAAAAGGCGCCUUUAGAGCGUGAUUCUGAGAAAGACAUUUUUGUUUAAAGGACGAAGGUCGGGAGAAAAUCAUUUGUACACGUUAGUUGCUAUUUUAUUGAUGCCAUCCGGCACUACAUACUUUACAAUGCAGUUUUCUUGUCAACAGUCUUCUAAUACACAUUAUUUAUGAUAAUCUUUUUAA